CAGCGGCGGGACGGGAUGGGGUCCCGGCGGCCUCCCCGCGCUGCCGGGCCGCGCCGGGCGGGCGGCGCGAGACUCCCGGCUCCAUGUUCAUAUUUGGCGUUGGCCGCCGGUGCCCAGGAAUUUCCCGUCAUGCUCGCCGGGCGGCGGGCCCGUCACUGCGCUCCCGCGGGGGGGCCGGGGCCGCUCGCUCGCUCCCUCGGGCCGCUCCCCAUGCGCGCUGCGCCGCCGCCGCUGCUCCCCGCGCUCUGCCUGGCACUGGCGGCCGCCGCAAGAGCAGCAGGGUCAUGUAGGGAUAAAAAGGACUGUAAGGUGGUCUUUUCCCAGGAGGAGCUGAGGAAGCGGCUGACACCCUUGCAGUACCAUGUCACUCAGGAGAAAGGGACUGAAAGUGCCUUUGAGGGGGAGUACACACACCAUAAAGCUCAAGGAAUAUACAAAUGUGUUGUUUGUGGGACUCCUUUAUUCAAGUCAGAAACAAAGUUUGACUCCAAUUCAGAGUCUACAAGGACUGGUUUGAACUACUCUCACCAGCUAAGACAACACUUCUGCUUUAUAAGACCAGCCAUGUGCCCUGCUGUGCUGCAGAGCCUGGGAGCUGCAGCUCCUGGUCCGGAGAUGUGCUGUCUGUCAGCUGCUGCCGGGGGACAGCAGCUUGAUCCUGCAAGACUGACAAGAAAGCUUCAGCUCGGGUAUGGCAAAAAUUUCCAGAAUCAAAAAUAUUUUAAUUAUACAUUUUGGUUUUGACAUAUUAAUCAAUCACCAGUUCCUGAGUAGUUAGGAACCAUGUAGGUUUCGUGGGCAGUGAAGCACAUUAUGGCUCUUGGACAGUCAUAGACAUUCUUAUAUAAGUCACCAGUGGGAGAAGGGGGAUGUAUCAAAGAGACUAACCUCUGCAGGAAGUAAGAAUGAUCUUCAAAAGUCCUGAGAUGACCAUACGGAUAUUUACAAGUCCAGGGAAUGUCACUGAUGGAAGUAUGAGUGUGCAACUUGUAUGCAAAAGGAGAAGGGCUGAAGAGGUAAAACAGUCUGGGGUAGGCACAUUAGAGUUUAGGUUAUUUAUGUUGGUUAGCCAUUUACAUCUUUUCACUGUUUUAGAUCUCAUCUCUUUUUGAAAAUGAGAUUUGGAUUCAUAAGUUAUCUGGGCACUUUUAAUAGUUUUAUCUCAAAUUAGUAACUCUUCCAGGAGUAACUUCAGUACUUGCAUGUUCCCUGUUUUAUAGUGGAUAUUAUUUAUCCCCACAUAUGUCAGUUCAGAAGGACAGUUCAGGAAAAGGUAUGGCUUAUUAUAUAGCAGUGAUGGAUGGUUCCUUUAUAGAAACCACUUGCAUCGGGGAGAACAACUGUUGUGUAUUAAAUACGUUCCCUGUAUUAUGCAUAGAGUUCAUACCUGUCAUUGAAGUAAAAAUCCAAAGAAAGGGAGAAAGAGCAAGAAACCUUAUGAAAUUGCUUGAAAUAUCCAAAUAAAUAUCAAAGAAUACACCAUGAUUUUUGUUAUUACAAUGAGCAUCUAUGGAAGCCAUGAUGAUGCAGAGCUUGAGAAACUUGGCAAAUGAGUUUGUGUCCCGGGGACUUUUUGUUCCUGUACUGAAGAAGGAUGAAAACUCAGCAUAUUGAGGGGUUAGUUGCUCAUAAAUCAUUAAUAGCUGGAGAGGUGCCAAAUCAUUAUUACUUUUUCUGGGUGUGGUAUUAGGUAUUAUUUAACAAGAUAAGAUUUUUUUCCAUACGUCCAUUCCAGUUCAGUAUUGGAAGAGGAAACACAUACCUAGGGGAUUACAGGCCCAGAAAACACCUUCUCCAGGAAAACAAGCUGAGUGAAUCACUUCAGACAAAAGUGUGUUGAAAUGUUAAACAAGUGCUCUCUUGAUUUGAUGUUCCUGUUAAUUAUAAAAAAAAAUUAACACCUCUAUGAACAUACAGACAAGUUAAGACUGAUAUUGUUUUAUAGAAUUAGUAUUUUAUAACCUCAAACUAUCCUGAAAACAUAUAGGGAAAAAAUUAGUCCUGUGUUAUUCAGAAUCAGAAUUGUCUUAGCUUUGUGGUUUCUGCUAAAGCCAGCUAACAGGGACACAUCUUAGUAUAUCUCUGGCUAGCAGAGUUAUUUUCAAACCUGGGGCCAGAUCGCAUUUCUCUGGACAGGUCUUGAACUGCAGAGAUGGCAUAGUUUGGUCAUACCUUCAGAAUAAGGCUCAUCCCAAUGUGGAGAUUCCCUAGAGACACUCCAAGGCAUAGGAGCAUGUAGUUUACAAUGCAAGUGAGCUUAGACAAUCACAUAGGCUCUCUGCAGUGUUCCUCAUUUAGUUGUUUAAAAUUGUUAGGGUCCUUCACAUGGUGAAUCUCUUCCCUGAAUUCAGUGUACCCACAAAGUGGAGGGCAGUGGGAGAUUCUUUGUUGCCUUCCCUUCUCCCAUGGUCUCCCUGAUAACAUAUAUGUGUGUAUAUAUAUGUUUACAUACAUAUGCUGAACUGGGGGCUGGGAGAUUUAAAAGGGCAAGAGCUCAAACUUUUGUCUGUUGACAGGACAGACCCCUGCCAGUGGCAGAGGAGCAUAGGAGUCCAACUGCUCAGGCUGGGAUUUCUUUGCUAAUUACAAUCAAGUUUGGGAAUUUUUCUUUUAAAAAAUCUUGCAUUUAAAAGUUGGGAGAAAUGGAGUGCUUGUGUCCCAGAAACCCCAGGGGCCAGCAGAGGUGAGAAGAGUAAGAUUUGGGCUCAGUGAUCAUGAGGAAAGUUUCUGGGAAGGAAUAUCUGACCAACCAAGUAUGUCUCUAAGAGCCGCUGUCGUGUUUCUGCUCCUUAUUUAAAAAAACUGGAAUACUUUGGGGAAGUUUUGGAGAGUGAAGGGGUGGUAGAGAAGAAGUUGUGGAGAAAGAGGAGAUUAAUGGCAGCAAGUAUGUGGCAAGAUAGUAUUAGGCUGAAUCUAAUAAAAAUAGCAACAUAGAUAUCUCAGGCCUUUCUGCCAAGUCAUAAGGGUGUGAGUACUUUUCUUGGAAUAUACUGUAAUCUUCCCUGAAUCCACAUGCAUUUCAGGUGCAGGAGAGCAACUUUCUCCAUAGUUUUCUCUGAGUCUGGGCAGAUUCACCACAUUUUCCAAGCUGAUGCUUUAUUGUUUUUCCCUUCUCUGUUUCAGCUCUUCUAGUAAAGCUCUUUUAUUUAAGCCUGGGUAAACUCCGAUAAGUAGAGAGGUUAAUCCUUCCUGCUGCUUGACAUGGGGCAUUCAGUUCUUUGGUCUCUGGACAGCAAGUUUAAGUUGGUGACACUGAAAUUUUGCCGCAGAAAAUCAAACCCAGCCCAUCAGACUGAUGGUAAAUAAUUAUCAAAGGGUUGCAUGAAUAUUCAAGCAUAUAUGGGCAUCUUUAGCAUGUAGUCCUUUAAUCCAGGGGAAUAACCCAACAAUAUCACAACUACAGUACAUAAACGGGUAUGCUUUGGUCUACAUAUACUUGUAGGGUAUGUACAGGCAUGUAUUUAAAGAGAGAAAGAGGGAGAGGGCAAGUGUAAACACACCUGUGGAAAGCCAAAUAAGGCAAGAUAAGAAAUACAAAAGCCCCAUUACACAGGUUCAUGAUGGCUGGUGGCACAACAAUCACAUCCCUGCCAAGGCUCCUGGAGUGGGGACUUCCAGGCAGCUUCAGCAGUGGGACUGGCCUUCAGACUUCCACUAAAAGUCAUGCCCCCAAGAAGACACUGGCAUGUGAAGAAGUCAUUGCUGCCAGCAAAAAGCACCCAUCCCUUGGCAGAGGUGCAGGGCACUAAUGUAACAAGGCACCUUCCCAAGUAGCCACAGAUGGUUGCCAACCCUUUUCAGCCCUCCUUCCCCUGCUUCACCUCCCUCAGGGAUCCUCUGCUGCCACUUGGCUGCAGGUUAACUUGGGCAGCACAGACUUCAGCCACUCAGUUGGCCCUAUAUGGCUCUGAUUUUCAAUUCUGUACAAGCAGCAGCCACCAGCCCAGGAAACCAAUUAGAAAGUCUGUCAAAUGCUGCCAGUUACAAGGCAGCGUUCUGUGGAGUGCAUGGCCUGGUACUGAUCACUAUGGACUCUAAGCACAGCCUUUACUUCUUUUGCUUCAAUUACAGGGCCCUGAAAGCAUCUUGUGUUUUCAGUUGUGAUUGUCAUCACACUUCAAUGCAGCAUGUGCCAUGGCACGUGUGUGAACACAGCUGGAUUUCUAUACAAAACGAUAGAUAUUUUCUUUAUAGGCAUGUGAAUAGAGUCCCCACAAUCUGCCAACAACCAAAUGUGUUGGGCUACCAUUUCUAGUGGAGGAUCAAAGAGUAUAUUUAAAUGUUUCUAAUUCAAUAUCCAAGUAACUACAGAAAGUCACAGGCAGUGGGGGUGGCAAGGGAGUGGAGGAAAGGAGGUAUUAGAAGAACAUGUUUGCUGGGUGCACAUGUGCAAAUUUGGAUGGAUGUGUUAGCCUGCCAGGUGGGGGACAUACUGUUGGAGUACUGUGCCCAGAGGGGGUGUUCCCACUGCCCAGGCUAACCCCCUAUUCCUGCUACAUGCCUUGGGGCUUAGCCACAGACAUGGACAGGAUGCCUCAUGCUACAUACAGGAGAGCCCAUGCCACCUGGCUGGGGAGCAGCAGGGGUCCUGGGAAAGGGCAAUUGAGCACAUCAUCUUCGAAGUCCACCCACAGCACUCACCCACAGGGAGGGUGGGCAACACCUGAACCUGCUGCACCUCCUCCUGCCCCCACACAAGUGAGGGCAGGUUUUUCCAUGUGAUGUCCUGACUUCCCACUCCUGCCAUGGCUGGGGACUGGUUUGGACUGAGGCAAUGAAAGAGAAGCAUAUUUCUGGUCAUCCGGAGUGCAUCGCCUCUCCUUCUUGCUCCAUAGUUUCUCUCCAGGCAAUGAAAAAGGUAUGGCAGAAGCCAGGAAAACCCAAGGUACAUGAGCAAGCAGCCACUUAGGGGAGAGAGAGGCUGGAAGCUUUUGUCUGCUCAUCUUACAGUUUUUCCUAUUUAUGGCUUUGUAGCAGGAGAGAGGAGAUCUGCACCCUUUCAAGUAAACAACAACAGAAAAAGCACCUGAAAGCAAUUACUGGAGCAGAUAAAAAAAGCAUUACACG